AUGAAGGCGUGGGAGGACACCCGGUCUCACCGCCAGAUUGCCAGCGAGCUGGAUUUCGAUUUGCGCACCAUCGCGCCGAAGCUGUUGGCGGACGCCGUGCACACCGCAGCAAAGGCCCGGGGUCUCUCUGCGGAGGCGCUGCUCUCCGCCGUGGAGUGCAACAUGGGUUUCAUCGAGGCGCCUGGAACGACGCUCACGCACUUGCCGUCGUCAGGCCAUUACAUUUCCCCUGGCCAGCCCCUCUUGAUUGGCAGUGCGUCCUCCACGCGGAAGUCACCUUUGAUGCAGUGCACGGAUAAAUGGUUGACGCAGGUCCCGGAGGCCUCCCCUGUUUUCAAAGACAAGUUGGUCAUGAACACGGACUGCACCACGGAGGGCAUUCGGAAGCAACUCGAAGAACACAGGCGGUGCGGCAUUUCCAGCGACGAGGCCGCCAACACGUUCCUGACGCCCUUCAGCGACCAGGAGUCCGGGGUGCAGUAUCUCAGCUGCGCGAAGCUUAACACGUGGACGCAGAGCGAGUACGACGGACCGGCGACCGGCAACGGCAAGGUGUCUUUGGACAACUACAAUUUCAUGCUCAAGUGCUCGGGCCAGACGGAGGUCGUCGAGUUUAUCGCCAUGCCGAUAGUGCACGGGUUCCAGAAGCGCAUGCAGACGGUGUGGGUCCUCCAUGACGUGCGCGCAGACGACGGGGUCGAUUUCGAACAGAGCGACUCAUUCAUCGAGCGGCUGCACGGAUGGAUGCACGCGCAUUGUUCCGCUGUCGCCAGCGCACUCUCGCUCGACGGCUACGCCUACACCAUAUACCGUGCUGCGAAGCAGGCUCUGGAUGACAUCUGUCAGACCGUGCCGAUGCCACAGGUGUUCAAGGCGAAGUUGAAUUUCUUUCACAGCGACUUGCUUCGCGGGACGCACCGGGUGCACCGCGGGGCCCAGUUCGCCAGGGGCUAUAUCGCCCAGCAUGCCGCCCAGGGCGGCGGCGGCGCCCUGGCGCCGCUUCCGCCCCUCGAUGCCGCUCGCUGGCGUCGCCCCCCCAGUGUCGACGACGUCACGAUGGGCCUCCACAAGGUGCUGCGCCAAAUUGACCUUCACUUCGGGUUGUACCGUUUCCACGCAGCCCAGAAGGCCGCAGCCGCCGAGGGCAAUCAUCGCUCUGGUGCCGACUGCAGGGGCGUUGGCGGAUGUUCGGCGGCCGUUCUGGCAGCUCCCGACGUCGCGGAGGCCGCGGUGAAGGGUCUCGCGCCGUCCGAGCUGAUGCGGCAACUUUUGCUCAUCCGCGCCCCCAAGAGGCAGACUUUCACGGCGGCGGACGCGAGGCAGUGGCUCCGAAACAAGAGGGAUUCGUGGUACAGGACGGACCUGGCCCAGAAGAUAUCCGACGGCCUGGCGGCGCUGGUCGCGGCGCAUCUCGUCGACAGGGUCGCUGGUGUCGCCGACGCGGGGGAGUCCUCCUCGAGGGCCGAGGCGGCGCCAGGCAAGCGCGCGGUCAACCCCAAGGGCGAGGGCACGUUCAAGAAGCGCAAGUUCGAGGCCAUCUUGGCGGACGCCGACGCCACGGAGGAGCGCAAGCGCUUGCGAGUCAACACGAGCGAAUUUGAGUGA